UAAAUAAAUGCAAACCAUUGCGAGCCGAGCUCAUGUUGCCGGCAGGGACUUAUGCUCGUUUACCACUUCAGGCGAAAUCGAUGGAAACUUCGUAAAAUAAUCAGUGAAGCCGGCUUCAAAGCCGUGCGUGCGAUAUCACGACCUUCCAAACUGAUAUGAUACAUACUGUGAUCAUAAUUCAUGAACCACAGUAUGUACACAAUAGGCUCCAUUCACGCAACAUAACUAGUGCUCCAGGACUUCGAACAAUUCACCGGAAACUGUGGUGGAUACUGUGAUCCCGCUUGGAAUUUCAACCGACAGGACAGGACAGAAUUUCAACCGUCAACGACAGAGCGCCUCCCCAGUCCGAAAUGUCUAGCGCACCCACUUUGGCUGAAAUGCAGGCGCUCGCGGAUCAGGUCAAAGACGGCAUAAUGAUGCGGAGUGGUCGACCCAUCCAGGAAUUCGUUGUGGAAAAAUUUCGCAUACAAAAUGUCCAGGGAAGCUUAUAUACGGCAUUCAAGGUUAGGGGCGUGUAUGCGUCUUGGAUCGAUCUUGCCUUGCAGAUUAGCAAGAUUCGAGCGGGCGGCGGACGCUACCUACACGCGGAAGUCUUCCAGCACAACGGCAGUCCACCAGUCCUGGUUGGGCUGGAACGAUACCGCACCGCCGAUGAUCCGCUGAUCGAAGUAGCUCAUUAUGCAGCGUAACCAUAAUUUUGUUGGUUUUAGAAUGUACCUACACCUAUAUGUCCCGCUUGACUGUGAUGAUACCGAAAUAUGCUAGGAAAUCUUAAAAGCUGAUCUACGAGCACUGUUCGAGAUGAUGUCUGUUCAUUCUUAUCAUAAGGAACCAUAUGCUGUAAUUUCUCUUUUCAUGAUAUAAAUUCAAAUACCUA